GCGGAUUCUCGGCGCGUGAGGGAGUGGGUGAUCGCUGAGGGUCGCGGAGAACCGCUUAUCAUCUUUUUUUCGUUUUUAAACCAAUGUUCCACCCAGCACCAGGCCAAGUAGAAGAGGGAAGCGCUGAUCGUCGCCCCACCGCCUCGGUAAACUUUCAGUCAGAUAUGAGCGGCAGCGGGCGGCCCAGGACAAGCUCGUUCGCUGAGCCUCAGGGGGCGUCCGGAGUCGCUGCUGCAUCCGCCGGAACCGCCGCUGUCGUGGGGAGCAACGCAGGAAAGCCCGGGGUCUCGCAGGCCUCGGCGGACAGUUCAUCUGCCUGCGCGAAUUUAAAACUAGCUAGAGACAGUGGGAAGGUGACCACAGUGGUUGCCACCCCAGGCCAGGGCCCGGAUCGCCCGCAGGAAGUGUCCUACACCGAUAUCAAGGUGAUCGGUAAUGGCUCCUUUGGCGUGGUUUAUCAGGCACGUCUCAUUGACACUCAUGAGUGGGUGGCCAUCAAGAAGGUUCUUCAGGACAAGCGAUUUAAGAACCGAGAACUUCAGAUCAUGAGAAAACUGGACCACUGCAAUAUAGUGAGGCUGCGCUAUUUCUUCUAUUGCAGCGGAGAGAAGAAGGAUGAGGUUUACCUCAAUCUAGUGCUGGACUAUGUGCCUGAAACCGUCUACAGGGUGGCCCGACACUUUAGCAAAGCUAAAACCAUUAUUCCCAUCUUCUAUGUUAAGGUGUAUAUGUAUCAGCUUUUUCGCAGUUUGGCCUACAUCCAUUCCCAGGGCGUAUGUCACCGAGACAUCAAACCACAGAACCUUCUGGUGGACCCAGAAACAGCUGUUCUCAAGCUCUGUGACUUUGGCAGUGCAAAGCAGCUGGUGAGGGGUGAGCCUAACGUCUCUUAUAUCUGCUCACGAUACUAUCGCGCCCCUGAGCUUAUAUUUGGUGCGACGGACUACACCUCCAACAUUGACAUCUGGUCAGCUGGAUGUGUGCUGGCUGAACUGCUGCUGGGACAGCCAAUCUUCCCUGGAGACAGUGGUGUCGACCAGCUAGUGGAGAUCAUAAAGGUACUUGGAACCCCCACAAGAGAACAGAUCCGUGAAAUGAACCCAAACUACACAGAGUUCAAGUUCCCACAGAUCAAAGCUCAUCCAUGGACCAAGGUGUUUAAACCCAGAACUCCUCCUGAGGCGAUCGCGCUGUGCUCUCGGCUGUUAGAGUAUACGCCAGUAACACGGCUGUCUCCGCUUCAGGCUUGCGCUCAUGCCUUCUUUGACGAGUUGCGCCAACCUGGCACCCGUUUGCCCAGCGGCCGAGAGCUGCCUCCGCUUUUCAACUUCACCACAACAGAGCUGAUGAUUCAGCCGCAGCUCAAUUCCACUCUCAUUCCACCGCAUGCCCGCGCACAAACCGUAGCAUCAUCCAACGAUGGCUCUGAUGGCUCCGUACAGCCCGGAUCUGCCCUGACCAACAGCACCUGAGACUCAAAAAAACACACCACAGCAUCUGAGCCACCACAACACACAAACACACUCACAACCUCACACUCUCAAUACCUCAUCCACAGCUUCUUGCUCCACACAUUUACAGACCGAAUAAGGAGUCACUGCACAAAACCCAGUGUUUGCUGACUGUUGGUCAAACAUACUUUACACACACACACACACUGCCAUGCACACGCAACCGCAAACAGAGUUAUACCGCUAAUAUGUGCUUCAGAUAAUAGAGGCAGUCAGUCUGGAGAGAGCUCCAAGCGGCUGCGUAGAAAAGCUCACGCGCAUCAUAACCUGUGUUUUGGCACUCGGAUAUGAUUGGUUAUCAGUGGCUAGGGGCGGGUCCUCUAAUUUUAUUAUUAUUUUAAAAUCUUAAUUUAUUGAAAUCGUCAUUUACGGUGGAUGUUUCCCUUUGAACGCUUGUCUUUUUCGUUAUUCUUAUGCGAGGUCAAAUAUGUUUUGCGGGGGAACAAGCUGUCAUUGUAGAUGAUGCAUCUUGUUGUAAGUGUCAAAGAGGCGAGACUUGAACGUGGUGGUUUUAUACAGUUAUUUUAUUGUAUUUUUUAAAAACAUGAGAAUAAUAUCUUUCUUUUACCUUCUGGUAAAUAUAUUUAUUAUUUUCAAUCAACCAGUCUUUCUGACGGACUUUUGAGAAAGCAUUAAUGUAAUAAUUCCACUGAGCAGUUUGGGAAAACGUUCAACAUUAUUGUUGACCACAAAGAAGGGAAGGAAUGAUGUAUGCAAGCCAAUAGCAUAUUCAUUUUGUUGUACCGAACUGAAGUGACUUUAUAUUCCUGGGCAUUUAAUUAUCAUUAGCUCUUAAUGAUGCUCCAGGUCUAGGCUUAAUUUAUGCUUGUGAGAUUACAAAGUCUUCUUCCGUUCAAAGUCAUUUUCAGACGACUGAAGACUCCACCACGCAUCAUAAUUCAGUGUUUUUUUCCGUUUUAGCAAUCGUUUUUAUAGUACAUUAAGCUAUUCCUACCAUUUGAAGGCCUUUGUGGUAGAACAAUACUAGUUUGUGAAUCUGCACACGAGUUCUUGACGUCAGAUGGUCAAUCAUAUCAAUUUCUUUACUUGAGAAGAUGUCUGUUAGUAAUAAACUCUACUCUGAGGCCCUCGAGAGCCCUACUUCCAUCUUUUCUUGUUCCUGCUAUUCUGCUGUUCUUCUGUUUAUGUUGUUCGGUGGGUGCUCAUUCAUACACCCUACCCGUAUGUAAAUAUAGUUUGGCUGUUAUGCCCUGUGUAAGAUGUAAAUACUUUAUCACUUCUGUUUCUUUUCCGUCGAUGUCUUUCUCUCCCUUCAUCUCUCUUGGGCUGUCUUUUCUAUGUUUACAAAUAACCGUUAAUGUCUGUUUUGUUGGUCCUUUACAGUAUUUAAUGCUUUGCACUGUAAUGUUGAGGCUGAAAGUUUCAGUUUUUUGUGAAAUACUGCUAAAUAUACACUCAUCGGCCACUUUAUUAGGUACACCUACUCGUUAACGCUAAUUUCUAAUCAGCCAAUCACAUGGUAGCAACUUAAUGCAUUUAGGCAUGGUUAAGAUGAUCUGCUGCAAUUCAAACCGAGCAUCAGAAUGGGGAAGAAAGGUGAUUUAAGUGACUUUAAAUGUGGCAUGAUUGUUGGUAGGGCUAGGCAAUUUGGCCUAAAAUCUAAAUCUCGAUUAAUUUUACGUUUUUUACUCAAUUAUGAUUAAUGAAUGAUUAUUUUAUUGAUUUUAGAUUUUUUUUUUUUGCCUCUGUGUCGAGUUUCUUCACUGGUUUUUUUUUUUUCUGAAUGCUACUUUAAUAUAAAACAAGCUAAAACUAGCUUAUUUAGAGGUGGAAACUGGUGGAUGUUCAACAACUUUAAUCAUAAGGUAAACACAAAACAAAAGUGUCCAAACGGAGCUCCUCAACGGGACUCCACACUGUAAACAUGCUCCAACAGGCUCUCGGCUCUCUGUGCCACCCACGCUCGUAAACACUACCACACCGACUAAUCACAGAGCUUGCGCUACAUGUCGUGGGUGUGCGGCCACAUGAAGGCUGCGCCAAACCAUGCAUGUACGCUCGACACAGAAGUAUAAAUAUGCCUUAUCAGAGUGGUAUGCAGUAGGGAAAGUAAUAAUAAAAAAAUUGGCCUGGAAAAAUUUGAUCAAUUAUAGUUCUGAAUGUUUUUGAUUUACUUUUCGAUUAAUUGUCCAGCCCUAGACCUUGUUGGUGCCAGACAGGCUGGUCUGAAUAUUUCAGAAACUGCUGAUCUACUAGGAUUUUCACGAUACAACCUUCUCUAGGGUUUACAGUAAAUGGUCAGAAGAAGAGAAAAUAUCCAGUGAGCGGCAGUUCUGUGGGUGCAAAUGUCUUGUUGAUGCGAGAGGAGAUCUGCCAGACUGGUUCCAGCUGAUAGAAAGGCAACAGUAACUCAAAUAAGCACUCGUUACAACCGAGGUCUGCAGAAGAGCAUCUCUGAACGCACAACACAUCCAACCUUGAGGCAGAUGGGCUACAGCAGCAGAAGAUCACCCUGGGUGCCACUCCUGCCAGCUAAGACCAGGAAACUGAGGCUACAAUUCGCACAGGCUCACCAAAAUUGGACCAUAGAAGAUUGGAAAAACUUUGCCUGGUCUGAUGAGUCUCCAUUUCUGCUGCGACAUUCAGAUAGUCAGUUCAGAAAUUGUCGUCAACAACAUGAAAGCAUGAAUCCAUCCUGCCUUGUAUCAAUGGUUCAGGCUGGUGGUGGUGGUGUAAUGGUGUGGGGGAUAUUUUCUUGGCACACUUUAUUGAAAAUUCAACCCCAUUAGUACCAAUUGAGCAUUAACAACGCCACAGCCUACCCGAGUAUUGAUGACCAUCCCUUCAUGGCCACAGUGUACCCAUCUACUGAUGGCUACUUCCAGCAGGAUAAUGCACCAUGUCAUAAAGCGUGAAUCAUCUCCGUCUGGUUUCUUGAACAUGACAAAGAACUCCCUGUACUCAAAUGGCCUCCACAGUCACCAGAUCUCAAUCCAAUGGAGCACCUUUGGGAUGUGGUGGAACGGGAGAUUCCCAUCAUGGAUGUGCAGCUGACAAAUCUGCAGCAACUGCGUGAUGCUAUCAUGUCAAUAUAUAAUAAAGGAUAAAGGCAGUUCUGAAGGCAAAAUGGGGUCUAACCCGGUACUAGUAAUGUGUACUUAAUAAAGUGGCCAGUGAGUGUAUAUUCAUAUUGCGUACUGUAUGUCAGUUCAUAAGCUCUGAAGUUGAUUUUGGAAGCAAAACUCAAGGUUCAUAUCCAAUAAGGUCAUGCAUUGUUCUCCGCUUGGCAAUUUGAGCACAUUUUUUAUAAACGUGCACUGGAAGCCCUGCUCAUAUGGUCUGUUUUCAUGAAAUGAAACGACUGCUUGAAACACUGCAACUCUUUGUGGCGCUUCUUGCCAAUCUGGCGUGGAGCCUCAAAGACACGGGAAAUGUGUUUACUCUUUAAUCGGACAUCUGUGAAUCGAGCCCAAAGCAUCAUGUAUGUGUCGACUUUAAAAAAUGUGAGUUAUUUAUUUUUUAUAUAUAUCUAUCUAUAUGUGCAAUUGGCUUUGAAGUUUAUUUUUCUCCCCUUUAAGGCUUGUUCAAUGAAUGGAGAGCAGCCUGCAAAGUCUCUUCCCCUUCAUUGCUCUUGUAAUCCUGCCCUCCCUUUAGUCUCUGCCUUAAACCUGCCAUACAAAUGUGAGCUUAUUUCCUUUUUUAUUUUUGGUUAAUUGUUGGAACUUUCUGCCUCAAUGUUCUGGCCCUGGGGAAUCGUGUCCUGAAACAAAGAGAGAGACGAAUGGAGAGAGCUUGUCAGAAUAAAUUGAACUCAUUUAAUAAAGUGACGAAACUGA